CACUUCAUUAGCCUCAUAAUAUUCUUGCAUUUUGUGCUGCUCUUUUCAAUACGAUUCGUCCCCUUGGAACCUUAAGAUGCUGCUGGCUCGAAGCAUGCCUAUUCCUCAGUAUGGUUGUGACAAAUAUCUUGACUAUGUGGAGUUGAGUAUGAAAUGUAGAGUAUGCGGAGAUAAAGCUUCAGGUUUUCAUUAUGGUGUGCAUUCAUGCGAAGGAUGUAAAGGUUUCUUCAGAAGAACACAUAGAAUGAAGUUAGUUUAUAAACCAUGUCCAUUCGUCAAGACGGAACCAUGCAAGAUCAACAUAGCAACAAGAAACAAGUGCCAAUAUUGUCGCUUUCAAAAAUGUAUGCAGGUUGGGAUGUCACAUGACGCCUCCAGGUUUGGUCGCAUGCCGAGGGAGGAGAGGCUGCGGCUCCUGGAGGAGCUGAAGGACGAGGAGACGGAGGCGACGGAGGAGGAGAAACACAGGGCUGAAAUCAGGGAGCUUACAGACAGGAUACACAGUAUAUAUAUUAACAUGUGGAUGGGACAGUUCAUCUCUAUGCCGGUGGGAGCCAGAGCGUCCCGGAGCAAAGAACACAACAGUAAAAAUGACGACCAAAAAUCUAUGAAGGAACUCACAGAGAAAGAGGCCCUCACGAAAUUCUGCAGAGGGGCAUUAUUAGCGAUCAUAGAAAGUCUGGCGAAGUUUGCAAAGAAGCUCCAGGAAUUCAAGAAUCUAGAUUUAAAUGAUCAGGUCUGUCUCCUGAAGCAUGCUGCCUUUGAAGUAGCCUUGAUCGCAACGUCAUCAAGGUAUGCAUCAGAUGGACUAUGGUUCCCCACAGAUGGCGUCUUCUUCACCAAGAAGAUGUUGGAGCAGCUAGAAAUCUCCUUCUUCGACGGCAAGUUCAAGUUCUUUGAGAAAAUGAGGAAGCUGAACCUGACGGAUAGAGAGCUGGCACUCUUUUGUGUCCUGUCGUUAACAUCACCCGAUCGGGAUGAAUUAAUAGAACGUGACGAGGUGGAGAAGUUCCAGGAACAGGUCUUAGAGGCGAUCCAGAUGGAACUAAGAACCAAUCACAGUAAUCACAGGAUACUCCUCCCCAGACUCCUAUCCCUUCUCGUAGACCUCAGGCAACUAGUACUGGACCAUAUCAAGCAGGUCCAACAACUCAUGCUGAUGGACGAUCCUUCCUAUUCAGGUCCUCCACCGCUUAUCAAGGAAAUAUUUGGACUUUAUUGAUUUUUGCUUUGGGUGCUCACAAUUUGAACUUCUCUAACAUAGACUACCUGAAAGUACUUUGAUAGUGCUUUAAUAGUACUAACUCAGGCCACAUGACAACUGUGAUGCCUACCGCUUGUGCUAAAUACAUACUUUUAACUUGAACUAUUUGAUAGGACUAUGAUGGUAUGUGCUGGAUGUCUACUUUCAGCUUGGACGGCUUGAUGUGGGAGCAUCUUGGUGUAGCGGUUCUGACUCUCGCCUUGUAAUCAGAGGGCUCUGGGUUCCGAAUCCCACUGUAGCCUAGGGUCCUGUGGCAAGGCGUUGAUCCACAAUUUGCAAUUCUCCACCCAGGUGAUAAAUGGGUACCAGGUAGUAUGUCUAGCAAUUAAGGUUGAAAGCUCUCGUUAUCAUGCUCUCCAUUUUACUAUUCCAGAUAACAUGACGACUCUCAUAACGUAUACAGCCUGAGCGAGAUGUGUACUUUUAACUGGGGCUACCUGAUAGUACUAUGCUAGUACUAUUCGUGGCAAUUAAUGUGACGCCUACAUCCCUGUGCUAGAUGUUUUCCUUAAACAUGAAAUACCAGUUAGUUCUACCAUAGGUCACAUGACAACUCACAUGACUUCUGAAACCUGUGCUAGAUGUGUACUUUCAACUUGCACCAAGUGAUGGUACUUUAAUAGAACUAUAACAGACUACUUGUCAACUAGUAUAACGUCUGCAGCAUGUGAUGGAAAUGUCCGUUCAACUUCAAGUACAUGAUAGUACUAUGAUAGCACUAUAACAGGCCACAUGGCAACUUAUAUGUGGUUUACAAACUGUGCUAGAUGUAUCCUUUUAACCUAAACUACCUGAUAAUACUAUAAUGGUACUGUAACAAGCCAUAUGUCAACUCAUUUGAUGUCCAAGGCCUGUGCAGGAUGUCUACUCUCGACUGUACUCUCAAGUCAACUACCUGAUAGUAUUGUGAUAACCAUAACAACUCUUGUGAUGUCUCACAGAAUGUGCAUUACACGUAUGUGCACAGUACUAUUAUAAUAUGCAACGUGAUUACCUACUGGUGACGUCUGGAGCAUACAUGUGCUAGAUGUGAAUUUUCAACUUGGGAUACAUGAUAGUACAAUUCAUGACAACUCACGGAACAUCUAAAGCCCAUGCUGGAUAUGUUCUUUCAAAUCGCACUGCGUGAUGUAAUACUCUUAUAGUACACAACAUGGCAAUGAUGUGUCAUCUACUUGUAUAGUCCUCGAUAGAAACUGUACUAAAACAGCCCGUCAAAUCACCUGAUAUCAACAGCCUGUGCUGGAUGUGUACUUAGAUCCUGUCUAUGACAACAUUUCUGUAUCAGUAUGAAGAACUCAUCUUGGUUUUAUAUCAUUAUAUUAUUAGCAUGGUGCUAGAGCAUACAGCUCUGUUAUUUCAACUGGACCGUAUGUCAUUCUCUCUCCGGAUCGUCGUCGCUGUAGAUCAAAACAGACAGUUCAUGAAGUCGCUCCAAGACCAUGACCCGUUUGAGAGUGGACUAAAGCAAGAUCUAUUUAUCUUUUUAUCAAGUAGAGUAUGUUACCCCUGCAAUCAACAUUGCCAUUGGCACAGGGCUUUAUAGCGAUCGAUCAUAUAGGCCCGUAUUCUGAACCCGGGUUUAUUUUAGAACGUGGUCUGACUCUGUGAUAAAAUCAUGGGAAGCCAAACAUGUAGAAAUUUGUUCACAAAGUAUGUUUCUUAUGUUAACUGUGCUCUUUCCUAAUUCUUUAAUAAGUGAAGACAAUUAUCUUAUUCAUCAUUCCCAGACAGUUAAGAAUGGUUUUGAGAGUCAAAUGAGCUGAUACAAUGAACCUCUACUGUUAGAGAUUUAUGUCACAAUUGGCUAUCCAUAGUUAUACCACUAACUUAUAGACCAGAGUUUAAAUUAAACCCGACUUCAGAAUACGGGCCAUAGUCUUUUUGUUCGCUUGAUUGUACAAUAAUAUUCAACGUAAUAAAGUGUAAAAUUUAGCACUGGUGGAUGUCUCAUAAAGAUGUCCAUAAAGUUACGAACGACUUCACACAACUGGACGACUGGAACAUGUUCUAAAAGGCUAAGUCAGCUACAUAGGGAUACAUCAUUUGGCACAAGAAAGGGUCACCAGUCGUGCGUAAAGUCAUUUGUAUCUUACCAAAAGUUUUAUGAAACACCCACCUGUAAUCAAGAACUAAAACUUUGUGUUACAAAGUCCGGAUUAUGCAUUUAUAGUGUGAUGGUAAUGUGUGCAUGAUUUAAUAUCAAGGGUUCAGGACAGAAAUGAUUUCUUAAAAUUACCAUUUACAAAAUAUGUCCGGGGGGUUCAAAAAGAGUUAAGUGCAAGUUAAAGUCAUGGUUAGUGUUGACGUACACAUGAUAUGAAAUAUGUAAUCUUAUUGAUUAAUAUGCAGUAGCAUACUCCCUCUUAGGAUGAUUUGACCAAUGCAGUGAUGUCUUUUAAAUGGUAUGCCACUGGACAUUUAAGUGCAACUCUGCAACUCAAAGUCAUACUUGUGAAACACAUUCCUGGUUGUUUUAGGAUCCUCUGGGGCCUGUUUCAUAAAAAGAGUUACAACUAUUGUAACUUUGUCAUUAUGGCAACUACCAUGGAAAGCUUGAUUCUGAUUGGCUGAUGAGCCCUGUUACCAUGGUAUUUGCCAUAAUAGAAAAGUUGUAACAGUUGUAGUUCCUUUAUGAAACAUACAUUUGCUCUUUUCUGACUGGCAUACAAACCCUUCCUGAUUAUGAUUAUGAUAUUACGUGUUGGCAACUCAGUCAUCUUUAAACAACUGACUUAUUUCUUUGGUAGAUUCAUAAAUUUAGAAUCUUAAUUUGAGUGGUCGUUAUGGAAUUAAUAUUUUUUUUGGGGGGGUAAGUUUAAUGGGCACUCCUCUAGUUUGAUGCAUUGGCUGACAACUUAACCAGAAAAUUGAUGUUUCAGACUUUAAAAAUAUUUCAAUUUCAAGAUUCAACAACAGUAUGCAUGCAUCACUGGGAUACAUUUAGGAAGCAAAUUCCCCCCCCCCCCCCGGCCUAAAAUGAAUGUUUUAAUUCAUUAAUUUAAUGAUAUUUUAAUAUUCCCUUACAACAGUAGGCGAACCAAAAGGGGUAAGAUUUUUGUCCCCCAAAAAGGGGACAGUAAUAUUUGGAUUCCUUUUCUUUCCUAACAUGAAUGGAAUGGCUAUGUCUGGAUUCUGUUUAACAAUUAUUAUCUGUACCUUUGCUAUUAUAGAACAUUUGGAAAAGGCUGAUCUCUUUUCAUAUUCUUCAUAUAUUUUCUCAUUUCAAGUUGUAAAUUUUAUCAUUUAUCAAUUUCAGUGAUUGUAAUUCCCUUUUUCUUUAAAAAGUAAAUUAUUCUUUAGCAUUUAACAUGUAGCCUUCUGGAAGGGACUGAACCCUGUAGUACUGUACAAAACUCAAAUGGAAAGUAUAGAAUUGAGUAUCAAAUGGGUUAAACGACAUUGUAGGUCAUACAACUGUAUGAACUGAAUAGAAAAUCUUCAUGUAUGUGCUCAUAUUGUCUUUCUUGGUACUUUGAUGCAACUCUAAUUUGUCUUUACAAGUGAUGCUUUAUUAAGUGAAUGGUGUUAAUCAUAUGCUUUUAAUGAUAGAUAUUCUAGAUUUAUUUUUGUAUUAAAAGUAUCUCCAAUUGAAAUGCGACCUUAGCCCUGUAAUGCAGUUAGAUAUGACUGAUACUUUUUAAGACUUUUUAUACAAUUAUGUAAUUAAUUGAAUUUUUGAUUGCAUCUUUUCUAUGAUUUUCUUACAACGUGAUAUGUGACAAUAAAACAAUCUCAGACAUGAAUUCAUGUCAUGCUGGAUUUACAAUGAACAGAAAUCUUUUACAAAAGCUGCAAUAGAUGUUGGAUCCAUAGAUUUAAUUUGUGUGAAAUUAAAAUAUCCUUCUUGAACGAAUACAUAAGGUACGUCAACUUGUUGGCACGUGUACUUUAUUAUCGAAGGUCAACAACCCUGUUUUGAAGAUGGAGGUGUGGAAAAGAAGUUUAAGAUGAUAAAGAUAUGUAUGUUUGUUGUCUCUUGACCUACAUGUAUCAGUAUUUUCUUGAUUUUUUUUUAAGUGGUGAUAUGUUUUGAUUAAGAUUAAAAGCUGUUAAGUUUCGUUUACAGUGCGUUAUGCUUGUUGGUACUUUAAUAUUUUUCUCCCAAAUAGUAAUAAAAUUAUUUGGUGAAAUUAUGAAAAUUAAAAUGUAGAUGUUUGCAUCCAAACGUAUGUGUGAUAGAAAAAUUAGAUGAUAUUUAUCCAUGGAAAGAAUUCACAAUCUGUUUAAGAAUUCAAGUUAAAGAUGAUUUUGUCAGGAGCUGAGACCCAUUAUAUCAUAACAUCCAUGCCAUGUUUACAUAAUUUGCAUCAUUCUGGAAACUUCUUUAAUUCUCUAGACAAAACAUUGCUCAAGCAUAGUGUUAGUGUUUUAGGAAGAAAAAAAUCCUAAAAUAAUGUCUGUUUUUAGCGUAAUUAUGAUUGUUUUUUAUUUAUUUACUGAGUAUGAUUUCUACUACUUGUAGAGGCUGCAUACAUUUCUUUUUAUAUUCAUAUAGUUGACAAAAACUGGAUAGAAGUUUGUGUUGUGUUUGUCUCCUCUUUUCUGUCAUGAUUGGUGACUUGAAUUAAAUGGCUAUAUAUAUUCCAUUCUAGAA